AUGCCCGUGUCCAUUGUGGGUCACAUGCUGUGGCGAACCACUGCCUCCUUGGCCACCAUUGCCUCCUGCGCCCGAAACAUUGCCACUGAGUCCGGUUGUUGGAUCCACGGCGGACAGGAUGUGCGAUGUGGUCAUGUCAGAUAUUUGGUAAUGUGCCUCACGCCGAAACUCGGCGUUCUCGAUAUAAUCCAGUGGGAAACUCCUUGUGAAGAUGGCUUUGAUUUAGAUUUAGAUUUAAGUUUACUACGUAACACUGCCAAAUCACGCACUUUUAUAGCACAAUUAUCCUCGCAGGCUCACUUUAUCAAGGAUCACUACCGCGUGAGUUCAGAUUAAAGUAGCAAGA